AUGGUUUUCGAGCACCUCAGCGAAGGGAAAUUCUUCAAGAUUCCGAAGAUUCCGUUUAAUGACCACGUCCUCUACGAUGACGUUUACACCUCAAAGGAAGGCACUAGUCCCGAAAACUCACUCACUGGAUCUUUCUUUUUCAUUGAAAAGACUGAUGUCCCCGAGGGAAAACUUCCUGCGUAUAUUGCAGAUGAAACCGGCAUUGUCGUGCGAGGAACUGUGAAUCUGGAGGAUGAGACGGGUAAGAAGGUCACCUUGAAAGCUGGUGACACUUUCUUCAUUCACCGAGGCUCCCAAGUUGCUUGGAGUAGUGAUGACUAUGCCGUAUGCUUUAAGGCUGGUAACAGAGCGAAGUUUGAUAUGAAUGAGGACCCCCACAAGAAUUAA